AUGGCGUCAAGGUCGACAGUAAAUCUGAACAACUACGAGCAACAGGAUGAAGAAGCUGGAGAGGAAUACGCAAUGCUUCCAAACUCAUCAUCACGUACACCUUUGAAUGGCACUAGGAGUGAUGGUUAUUCUCCCUUAUCUGGUACUGCAGCAGCAUCUAAGAAACCAUGGGGUAAUAAGCGUAAGGCAUUGAUUUUCGUAGGAUUGUCUUUCGUAUUUGGAUUCAUUAUUCACAUCGCCUACACAUUAGCAACAGAUUUCAAGAGUAAUAGAAGUGAUGUUUCAGGCCCUUCAAAGGCUAUACUCGAUAAUGAGAAUCUCUCAAGUGACCCUAUGUCAUUCGUACCGGGUCAUUCUAAGAACAAAUCUAAGCAGGACCUCAAAGAUCUCGUUCAGAGCACAAAUGGUUACUUCAUUAGAGAUUUCAGUGUCUGGUUAGGCUGGAACAAUAUAAGAUACAUCAUUGAAAGUAGUCUAUUACAUGCUCAAAUACUCAACAGAACAGCUAUAUUACCAGGUUACGUUUAUGCACGUGCUUGCGAGUUCGAUCAAGCUACCUGUGGUGCUUUCGCAGAGCAGGUAAAUCGUGGUAAAGCUACUGGUGACCCUGAAUGGAAUGAUCUCCCUGAAUCAGAGCAACAAGGUUGGAAGAUACCACUUGGAGUUAUGGUCGAUUUGGAUCAUCUCUCAGAAACUUACAAAAAUUUCAUGACACUUGAUGAAUACUUUGAUCUUGAAGGCCUUAGUGCUGAUGUAAUGGCAACGAAUGGUCAAUGGCAACAACAUUACAACAAUGGUAACAAAUACCAUGCUAUAGAAAACGAUCAAUGGGAUCCUCCAAAUAUCGUCAGGGUGGAUAUCGUCGGCGAGAAACCAGAAGCAGAUCCAAAAGCAGUACCAGUUGGUCUUACUGCAGCAGAUGUUGAAGAGAUCUUCGGUGAAGAAGUCCUGAUCGAUUGGCCAUAUCUCCGUGUCGCUUUACAAGCGCGUGGGUUCAAGAUGCCGGAAGAUAGUACAGGUGCACUUGCUGCUCUCGGUUAUCGUCUACUCUAUACCUAUGAUCAAAUUCAGGGUAUGGAUUUCCUCAAGAGUCCUAUCAAUCCUAUCACUCAAGUAGCUAAAGAAUCAUCUCUUCGCGGUUUAUAUGAAGAUGGGUACAACGUGAAGUCUAAAUUAUUUCACGUAAAGGGUGAAAUACAUCUUUACAGACGUGCUGGAUCUUUAAGAUUCACCACUCCAGAAGCCAGAGACAACUUCAAAGAGAUUAUUUUGGAGUACCUGAAGCCAUUGCCUAGAAUAUAUCAAGUAGCUACAAUUGUUGAUGCACGUAUGCGCGAGAUGAAUCAAGGAAGAGCUUGGGCUUCUGCACAUAUGCGUAGGGGUGACUUUGAAAGCCACGGAUGGGCAAUGGAGGCAAACUUCAAAGACCAUCUUGCUAGAAUUAUGAAUCACUUGGAUAGUGGUAUUGAUGUUAUCAAUAAGAAGCCAAAAUACCUUCACAAAAUACCUGGCGAGGAUACAUUGCCCGGAUUACCUAAAAAAGGAGACCACUUCUACAUAGGUACUGACGAGCGCAAUACUACUAAUUUAGAGUAUCUGAGAUCCCAAGGUGGUGUACUCUUGUCCGAUAUACUGACACCAACGGACAGAGACGAGAUUGGACCAAUGGGAUUAUUCACAGAUGUGCUAGCUUUACUUGAUCAAGUUAUAAUGUCAGAAGGUGCAUAUUUCUAUGGACACGCGUUGUCAUCAGUUGCUGGUGGUGUAGUAAAUUUCCGCACAGCAGCGGGGUAUGAUGAGAAGUGCACGCUAGUGGCUUUCUUUACAUAG